CUCUCGGCUCCAUGACAGUUUAUUCCAAACAUUGAUUAGUUCGAAUCGUGAAUUGAUGUUGAUUUGUUAAUUUAUAUUUUAACGAGUUUAUUGUUUAAGAAUGAUCGUACUUAAGGAGUAAUUAUAUUUUGCAUUCAUAGCUCAUCAAAUUUAUCCAAUGCUAUCGCUGCUUCGAACGAGUUCAAAUUUAAAAACAGUUGGAUAUCAAUUUAGACACGUGACGAUGGACAGUUCAAUAUCCCAACUAAAACACCUCUUCGCGGGUGCCGUCGACGCCGUCAAACCUGGUGCCAUGUUCGAGCGCUACCUCGGAGAUGAGUCCGUCCUGCGACAGCUACAGAAUGCGGAUAAAAACUACCACUUGGUAGGGUUUGGCAAGGCAGUUCUCGGAAUGGCCGUCCAAAUGGAGCGGAUUCUCGGAGAUCGGUUGACCAGUGGAUGCAUUAGCAUACCGGUUGGGACCUUGGAACGAUUCCGAGGGGAGCAAGACUUCCAGCUGAGUAGAGCUAGUAAGAUUCAGGUCUUGGAGUGUGCUGCAAACAAUCUACCCGAUGAAGCUGCUGUUCAAGCUGCUCGAAAAAUACAAUCUGUUACCGCUAGCAUGACUGCUCGUGACGUCCUUUGCGUGCUCGUUUCCGGUGGAGGAUCAGCUUUGCUUCCACUUCCAAAAUCACCCAUAAAUCUGACUGAAAAGUUGACCAUCAUCAAGCAGCUUGCUUCGGCAGGAGCCUCAAUCGACGAGCUUAACGUUGUCCGGAUUCAGUUGUCCGAUGUCAAGGGAGGAAAGUUGGCCUCUUCAGCGAGCAAAUCAAAUAAAGUGUUGAGUUUCAUCAUUUCCGACAUUAUUGGGGAUCCACUUGAGCUAAUUGCUAGUGGUCCAACAGUGCAGAGUGACUUCAGUAAUGAAGAUGCACUGAACAUUUUGAAGAAGUACAAUCUAGUUGAUAAACUACCUAAAUCUGUUGAAAAAGUGCUGACAAGAAGAGAACCUGAUCAGAGAGUAGACGUCCAAGGUGAAAUUCACCUCAUUGGGACGAACAAACUUGCAAUCGAAAGCGUUACAAGCAAAGCCACUGAAAGUGACCUUCUAGCAAUACCAAUGUCAACCAGCGUGCAAGGCAAUGUCGCAGAACUAAGUCAAGCAUACUUCGAGUUAGCUUCAGCCAUCGUCAAGUUCAGGCAACAAACCCUCACCGAAUCUGAGUUCAUCGAGCAAAUCAGCGAGAAUUUCAAAACGUUAAAUUUUGAUCACUCCAAAAUCCCUUCUUUUAUCGAGGCCCUUGUCAAAAACCCAGAUCGAGAUAUCCUACUCGUCUCGGGAGGGGAACCAACCGUGAUUGUGAAAGGAACAGGUCUUGGUGGAAGGAAUCAGGAGCUGGCGUUGAGAUUCAGUGUGCAGUGUUUCCAGCAAGAGCUGCUCAAGGGGGUGCUACUACUGAGUGCCGGAACAGAUGGAAUCGACGGUCCGACGGAUGCAGCGGGUGCAAUUGGAGGAACUGAAGUUGUGGAGCGGUUUCAGAUGUUGGAUUGUGAACAGCCUGUGGAGGAGUUUAUAAGCAACAAUGAUUCUUAUAGUUUUUAUAGGCAGGUUGAUAAGGGUAGAUUUCACGUUGUCACUGGACACACUGGAACGAAUGUGAUGGACAUACAGAUGUUACUUAUUCCAAAAAUUAUAUUGUGAUAGAAAAAUAAAAUGCUGUGUUGUUUAUUAUUGAC